UGUGAUGGGGAGAAGAAACGGGGUAAGGGCACUGCAAGGAACCCUUCGCGGUCGGCUGGAGUCGUGCAAGUCCAGUUACUCCACUGUCGAUGAUAUCGUUAACCACCUACGCUCCACUUACCCCGAUUACCAACGCAUCAAGCACCAAGCCCUCACUCGAUUAGUUCAACAAGUCCUCGAGCCACGUUCCAAACACGCGACCAAAGUUUCUGCCAAGCGCAGCGGCCACGAUGGCAACGAAGAAAGUGGUCGAAGCGCGCUCCGAAAGAGACAGAAGAGAGUCGACGAAGGUGAAGAGAGGUUGCAGAAGAUGGAGGCUUUGCACCUGCGAAAAAGGAUGCAGGGCGAAAAAGAAACUCAGGGUUCUGCAUCUUCGUCCUCUGCUUCAAGCUUGAGCCCGUCUGGGAGCAGCGGCGGUGAGGAUGAUGAUGAUGGCACAGUGUCUGUGUCGACAUCGGAGGACGCAAUUUACCGGGAGAAGUACGAACCUGCUGUCGAUUUGAUGAAGACGAUGCUACGGAAAGCGUAUACUCCCAUGAAGGAUGAUAGUCCGAGGAAGAUGAAACACGUCGUGCAAGAUAAGAACGUUGAAAUGGAGGUCGCCAAUAGUGACAAGGCUACUAAUGAGAUUUGUGCUAAGAAUGGAGGCGGAGGCAAAGUGAAGGCGGCGUUGAAUUUGAAGGGUUCCGUUUCAAAUGGCGACCAUGGUGGUGGCAGUUUUGUUGAGGUGAAGGCAGGACCUAGGUUAAGUGAUUUGGGUGGGAUGAAGGAUCUUCUGGAAAAGCUGGUGAAAGAAGUGAUUGUUCCAUGGUACCAUCCUGAGCUUCCAAGAAAGCUAGGUCGUACUCCUACUACUGGAAUCUUGCUGCAUGGGCCACCCGGUUGCGGCAAGACCACACUGGCUCACGCCAUAGCUAAUGAGACCCGUGUUCCCUUCUAUCCGAUAUCAGCUACUGAGUUGGUUUCUGGAGUAUCGGGUGCAUCUGAAGAGAAUAUCAGAGAGCUUUUCGCCAAAGCGUAUCGGACUGCCCCAUCAAUCGUCUUCAUUGAUGAGAUUGAUUCAAUUGCUUCGAAAAGAGACAAUUUACAGCGAGAGAUGGAGAAAAGAAUUGUUACACAGUUACUUGCCAGCAUGGAUCAAUCAAGUAGGUGUAUGCAAUCUGCUAAUGAUUCGGACAGUUCUAAUGUUCAUCCUAAAUAUGUUCUUGUAAUUGGAGCUACAAAUAGGCCUGAUGCUCUUGACUCAGCCUUGAGAAGGCCUGGGCGGUUUGAUCGGGAGUUUGUUCUUGGCAUUCCUGAUGAAUCGUCGAGAGAACAUAUCCUCUCCUUGCUCACUCGCAAUCUUCCACUUCAGGGUUCAUUGGAUCUAAAAGACAUAGCCAGGUCUACACCAGGAUAUGUCGGUGCUGAUUUGGCAGCCUUGAUUACGGCGGCUAGUAAUUUGGCCAUGAAGAGAAUUAUUUCCGAAAGGAUAGGGGAACAUGAGAUAAGUGAUCUUGGAGACUGGUGGAGGGAACCUUGGCCUCUUGAAGAUAUGAAUAAGCUUUUCUACACAAUGUCUGAUUUCCAGGAAGCUUUGAAAAUUGUGCAACCUUCAUUAAGAAGAGAGGGCUUCUCAUCCAUUCCCGAUGAUAAAUGGGAAGAUGUUGGCGGCCUUGAUUAUUUAAGGAAGGAGUUUAAAAAUAGAAUAAUAAGGCCGAUAAAAUAUCCUGAGGUUUAUCAGGCAUUUAGGUUUGCAAAUCAGACGGGAAUUUUACUUUUUGGGCCCCCUGGUUGUGGUAAAACUCUUAUUGCCAAAGCUGUUGCCAAUGAGGCAGGAGCUAAUUUCAUUCAUGUUAAGGGGCCGGAGCUCAUAAAUAAAUUUGUUGGAGAAAGUGAGAGAGAAAUUCGACUAAUGUUUAGUCGUGCAAGGGCAUGUUCACCCUGUAUAUUAUUUUUUGAUGAGGUGGAUGCUUUGUCAACCAAACGUGGUGCAGAAGGUGGAUCAGGCAUUGAGCGAGUAGUGAAUCAGUUACUAGUUGAGCUAGAUGGUGCGGGGCAACGCCAAAAUGUUUUUGUCAUUGGUGCAACAAAUAGGCCUGAUAGGAUGGAUGAGGCUCUCCUCCGUCCUGGUAGACUUGGUAAACAACUUUAUGUUCCUCUGCCAAGCACUGACCAGCGGUUUUCAAUAUUGAAAGCUCUUGCAAGGAAGGAACCUCUUGAUCCUACUGUGGAUCUGAGAGCCAUAGCUGAAGCGUGUGAAAAUUUUAGUGGCGCAGACCUUGCUGAAUUGGUGGAUGAAGCAACUCAUGCUGCUCUUGAUGAGAAAUAUACCGCAGUUGAAGAAGCUUUGACCUCAGUUGAAGCCUCUAGUGAUACUUAUACUUGCAAGCCAAGACAUUUUGAUAUAGCACUUAGUAAGGUCUUUCCCUCUGUGUCUCCGGCGAAAAGGCGUAGGUAUGAGCGCUUGGCAAAGCGUUUUAAAGCAUCAUGAGGAUCAUGGAACUGGUUGUUCUAGGAGAUAUAACCCUCCUCUUCUAGUGUACUUAAACUUAAGUACUUCAAGUAGCAGCACUACAAGAAAAUGUGUAUUAAAAUGCUUUUUAGCUGGAAUAUUAAGUUUUAACACUUAUUUCAGGUUAUUUUUUUGUGAUAAUCUAUUAUUAAUUUUGAAAGUUGUUAACCAUUUAAAGUUGUAAUUAAAAAAUGUAUCGUUGCAAUUUCUUUUACAUAU